AAGUCAAAGGUCGGUAAAUAGUGGUGAUGUCAUGCAGGCAAGAUGGCGGAAGGGGAGGACGUGGGGUGGUGGCGGAGCUGGCUGCAGCAGAGUUACCAGGCAGUCAAAGAAAAGUCCACUGAAGCUUUGGAGUUCAUGAAGCGGGACCUGACAGAAUUUACCCAGGUCGUACAACAUGACACAGCCUGCACCAUAGCAGCCACAGCCAGUGUGGUCAAGGAGAAGCUGGCCACGGAAGGCUCCUCAGGGGCAACAGAAAAAAUGAAGAAGGGGUUAUCUGACUUCUUAGGGGUGAUCUCAGACACCUUUGCCCCCUCACCAGACAAAACCAUUGACUGCGAUGUCAUCACCCUGAUGGGCACACCCUCUGGCACAGCUGAGCCAUACGACGGCACCAAGGCUCGCCUCUACAGUCUGCAGUCAGACCCAGCAACAUACUGCAAUGAACCCGAUGGGCCCCCAGAAUUGUUUGACGCCUGGCUUUCCCACUUCUGCUUGGAGGAGAAGAAGGGGGAGAUCUCUGAACUCCUUGUAGGCAGCCCUUCCAUCCGAGCCCUCUACACCAAAAUGGUCCCAGCAGCUGUUUCCCAUUCAGAAUUCUGGCAUCGGUAUUUCUAUAAAGUCCACCAACUUGAACAGGAGCAGGCCCGGAGGGAUGCCCUGAAGCAGCGGGCGGACCAGAGCAUCUCUGAGGAGCCUGGCUGGGAAGAAGAAGAAGAGGAGCUUGAAGACAUUGCACCAUCUCUAAAAGAGACAAAGAUUCCAAAAGAGACCAAAACCUCCACAACCCCUGAAGCUGGACCUGGUCCCCAGAGCCCUUGUGAAGAUACUCCAGUGGAUCCCCCUGCAGAGGUGACUCCAUCAGAGAGCAGUGAGAGCAUCUCCCUCGUGACACAGAUUGCCAACCCUGCUGCUGCACCAGAGGCACCAGUGCUGCCCAAAGACCUGUCCCAAAAGCUACUCGAGGCAUCUUUGGAAGAACAGAGUCUAGCUGAGGACGAGGGUGAAACUGGACCUCCACCCCCAGUUCCCUCCAAGCCUCCAACCCCUGCAAGCCGAGCCAGUGGCCCAGAGCCCAGGCCUCCCGCCAGAGUAGAGACCCUGAGAGAGGAGGUGCCCACAGACUUACGCGUAUUCGAGCUGAACUCAGAUAGUGGGAAGUCUACGCCCUCCAACAAUGGCAAGAAAGGCUCAAGCACGGACAUCAGUGAGGACUGGGAAAAGGACUUUGACUUGGACAUGACUGAAGAAGAAGUGCAGAUGGCACUUUCCAAAGUGGAUGCCUCCGGUGAGCUAGAAGAUGUGGAGUGGGAGGACUGGGACUGAGGAGAGCCAGAGCAAGCAGCUCCCCACCCAAGACAUAUCCCACCUCCUUCUCUCGCUAAUCUCAGCCAGCCUUGGAAGACAUUGAGAAUGUCCCCCCCAAAAUGGCCUCUGCCAUCCAGAACUUGGUGCAGAUUCUGAUGGCUCCCUGCUGGCCCUCUGCUCACACCUUGGAAGAACCUUUCCAAAUACAAAUCCAGAAGUCUGACUUGUGCCAACUUUCGGAUGACUUAAAGGGAGGACCCGAACCCCACCGGAGAGCCUGCAUUUCUCUACUGUUCUAGGGACUCCUGCUGGGAAACCUCCUGGGGUAGCUGUCUUCUGCACACACAGGAGCUGAAACACAGGUCUCUGAGAAGACCAUAAGCUAGUGAGCUGCGCUUGGCCACACAGGGACAGUGAAUAGCGUUUUGGUUCCUGUCCCAGUGAGUAAGAGGCAAUCAUCUCUGGGAAAUUUGCCUCUCUCUGGAAUCUCCCUCCCAAGUGUUCUCCACUCCUGCAAAGGUCCCGUGGGUUCAGAAUCUAAGACCAAACCUUGAGUCUCCUUUAGCCCUCACCGGGAUAUCCUACAUCUUCCCAGGGCCUUUUCCUGUCAGAUGCACCCAAGUCCUUAGCCCAGCUGUGCCACUGCAGGAGUCUGCUCUUGUUCUUCUCCCCUCCCCAUAGCUUAGGACAAAAGCCAGCUGUGAGCUCUGUGAAGUGCUGAGCAGAAGCAGGUACUCACAGCCAUCUGCAGGCUGCUCCCCUCAGCCCUCUGUGAGGAAGGACCUCCUUCCUGAAGACUUUCAGCCUGGGGCUCGGUGAGGGCUGCACAGAGACCUGGUGCUUCACAGAUAGAAUUCUGGUGAUUCUGUGUGCUGGUGCAUCCCCUAGUGACUUAAAGGGAUCUUGACGGGCACCGUGGGUAGUGGGCACCUCACUUCAAACCUUCAGAGAAGAGGGUAGGAUGAAGAGAAUGCUAAAUCUUUUCUUUCUUUCUUUUUUUUUUCUUUUUGAUGGGAUGGGAUUUUUCUCUUUGUAAUUUUUAGUUUAAUUAACCUUUUGGUUGUUUGUGCAAUAUUAUAUAUUUUAAAUUAUGAUGCAUCUCCCCAGAGUAUUUUGUAGCUGGGAAAAGAAAAAAAAAAAAGAAAAAUUCUAACAGCUGUUAGUUUUGUAAUUAAAAAGGAACAAAAAACAAAGUUUGUCCUGAACCUUUUACAGAUUUGUCUUAACAGCAUUAAAGUGAUUGAACAGAA